CAGGUAGGUUAAGGUCACAUGUCGCAAUGCAUGACGGGAUUAUGGAAGUGACUCAAUAUGGUUGUCGUCAUUUGAAAACAUUCCAUUGCUAAAUGAAUAGUUUGUGUAAAGGAUAUUGUUAAAAGCAACAUCAUCAGUGAUAGACAUGGAGUUAUUUCAUAGGAUAUCCUAUAUUUUAUUUUUAUCAACGUUAUACUAUCAAGGUGGCAGUGCUGGUACAGUUGUGACAGGCGCAUCUCUCAGUGCUACUGUCGGAGACUCCUUAGACUUUAAUUGUACAUAUACACUACAAGGUGAUGAUGUAGUUUAUCCUGGACUUAUUUCUUGGGAAAUAAAAAAAGAUUCAGCAACGACAGGAUUUGAGAGCAUCGCCACAUUUACACCUCCUUACUCUGUUGGUUCUAAUACUUUCACAAGUACAGAGUCUGGUCUGAAAUUCAAAAAUCGAUCAGAAUUACUCGAUGUGAUGUCUAACGAUAACACAACGUUUAAUGUUGUGAUGAGGGUGAGAAACGUGGAGUGUGCCGAUGAAGACAGCUACAGAUGUUCUGUUACUUUCUACAGUCCAACCAAUGGUCAAAGUGUUCCUACUGCAGGGACAUCUCUCACAGUUCAAGCUCCAGCAGAGAAGCCUUAUGAAGUUCCUGUUCCUGUUCCGGAUAAUAUCGAGGAGGGUAUGAAUGUAAAGUUCACCUGUACUGCAAAUGUUGGGAAACCACCGGGAAAAAUCAAGUGGUGGCGCUACAGGAACGGAAUAGUUGCACCACAGUCUAUGGGCGAGUCUUCAGAAAACCCACAGGUACAGCCUAAGGUGUGUGUGUACAACGUGACCAGUUCCAUCCAACACAACAUGUCCAGUGAUGAUGACCAGUCGGUGUGGCGGUGUUCCGUAGACAAUGAGCUGUUGACAACUCAGCCUGACCAAAACAAACCUAACCAAGAAUCUCAAAGAGUCGAUGUCUAUUAUAAGGUUAGGGUUCCCACUAUAACAAGAAAUCCAGAUCCAGGUGACAUGCAGUUUGCUGUUGGUUCUUCUGUGACCUUGACCUGUGUUGCUCAAGGUAAUCCAAGGCCAGGAAUCCAUGUAGACAAGAACGCCAACAAGUAUGUGUGGACAUUCCAGGCCAGUCCGGGAGAGAAUACCACAGAACUACCAUCUACUAAUGGUGUCCUCACUCUGAACAAUCUCCAGGAGUCGGAAACGGGGACAUACACGUGUACAGCAUUCAAUGGAUUCAAUGGAAAGUCAUUUAAUGCAUCCAAAGACACCAGUUUACAAAUAGUAAAAACCACUACUUCUACCACUACCACUACUAUUGCCUCUACUACAGGACCAACAGGGCGACCCACUGCAGCACCACUGAAUGGAAACGGUGUUGGAUUGGAUGGUGGAGCAUUAGCUGGUAUCAUCGUUGCUGUUGUCGUUAUCAUCGUCCUUGUAGUGGUGGCUGUGUGGUGCAUCUUGAAGAACAGGACAUCAAAGGACUCAAUCGAUGAACCUCCAGAGAAACCAGUCAGAAACAAUCAAGGAUUAAGUUUUGCAAAUAGACCAGACAUUGUGAACAAUGACAAAUCUUCUCCAUUUUAUCCUCAUGAAAAGAAACAGUACAACACGGACCUACCGUAUUCUGACUUAACUUUUGAUGACAAGCCGAGAAGUCGAAAACCAAUCCAGCUUUAUGAGAAUAAUGGUAUGAGCAGUACUCCAUACUCAGAGGUUAUGAUGCCCAGUGUGUGAAAUCUCUGUAUGGAUUUAGAUAAUCUCGUCAGGAUCUGGAUAACACUUGUUGUUCUAGACCGCUAGAAAUUCUAGUUAGAAUAUCUGACACUAUAAUUGAUUGUUUAAAGUAGCAUCAGAAUUUGAUAAGAUUGUGAGCAAAACACAGAUGGACAGUCAUUUUGUUCAGGAGAAAUCCAUGCGUUUAUAUCAUUACUACUCUCUAUUUGAACUUUGUUUAAAGUAGUGUUCAUGAAACUUUACAUGGCUAACAGUUUUCUAGCUAAUCAAUCAAUGGUUCAUAUUGGAAUCCAAUUUGCUAAGGACCCAGAGACAUAAAUAAAAGGAGCUGGCAGAUUUCUUAAUCCUGCAUGAUAUCAUAAUCUGGCCAUUUUCUCAUAAUCCAUGAAUGCAUUUCACUCCUAUCUCCUUGAUAUUCCCAAGAUAUCAAAUUUAGACCUUUUUUUGUGAACAAUCCAUUUAUGAUAUGAAUACAUCUUACCAGUUUGUAAGAUAUGUGAAAUUGGAAUGAAUUUAAAAUGAUGUUCUGUUCCUGACCUAGUAAAGCAAGUGAACCUGUUGUGAAUGAUACGACAUUCUAUUUAUUUAUGUCUCUGUGUGAACUGUGUUGGGAGAAGAUGAUAUUGCCCAUGUUUCAUCUAAUUCUGUGACAUAAUGCCAAAGCUUCUGUGUGUUGAGAACUGGGUCUAUUGACCAUGUGCGAGUGCUAUUUGUCGGUCUGUGUGUAUUUUAUGUUUGUCUUGAUCAUUUUUGUGCAUUGUUCAUUUGAUAUUAUUUUGUGAUAGAAUCACAACCAUUAUGUUGCAAUAAUUCACUUUCUUUUUGUACGAUUGGUGUGCGAGGAUUUGUUGUGUGUUGUGAAUAUCUGUGUAGCUUAUUUUCUAUAUUGUAACACAAUUGUCAACCAGCACAUAUCAAAACAAGCUAAAAUUCCAUCCGUUUGUACAGAAAACUAAUAUUUUUGUACUAAGUUUUAUUUUUCGAAACCAUUCCAUGCUUUCGAGAGUUUUUUUUUUUUUUUUUUUUACUGAUAUCCAUAAGAAUUUAUAUCAAGUACAUUUAUCAUUAAUUAGAGAUCUGACAUAGAAGGUUAGUGUAAAAAACUUGUGAAUAUUUCAUCAAAAGGUUGUGUAUGUAUGUUAAUAUUUUACAUGAUUGUAUAUAUAACAAUUUUAUUUAUGUUUGAAUAGGUCGUUUUCCGGAAAUUGUCUAACAUGCAUCUAAAUGAAUGAGACUUUUUGGUUGUAUUAUGUAUAUUUAAUUUGUUUUUAAUUUUGCCAUCUGUGAAUCAAAUUAGUCGUGUUAAUUUUUCGUGUUGACUGUCCACUAAGUGGCCUAUGUUUUGUUCCAUUGUGUAUCAUUGACUAUUUCAAAGUUUACUCUAACCGGUAAUCACGUUACAUGUAUUGAGAAUUUAUAUACAUAUAUAUAUAUAUAUAUGUAUAUUAUUCAUCUAUUAAAAAUGAAAUUUUAUGCAAUUCAAGGUUAAGUAACAGAAAGUUUUUUAUCCAAUUUAUUUGAAUUGAUUUUACCAACUACAAAUAAUCAUGUGAAAAAUAGUGGGUAAUUGUAGUCUAUAGAUAAACAUUAAUAUGUAAUAUGUACAUGCCUUUUGUUCUUUCAUAUGAAUGUACUGAAAGGUUGUGAGUUUCAUUUAUGCCAUUAUAUCUAUAUGGAUCAGGCCCGUAACCAGGAUUUUUUAGAGAGGGUUGUGAAAACCAAGGAUUUCCCACUGUGGGUGCGAAUUUAUUGAUUUUACUGUAAAGAGUGUUGACCCAUGGAUAAUAUGAAACAGAUAAAAAAAAAAAAGAAAUGAAAGAAAUGAAAUGUAAAAAUAAUGUGUCCCAAAUAGCAUAUGAUAAUGAAAAUUACAGUUUGAAUGUUUUCCAGUAAACUUUUGACUUGGAAAGUGCUUGGUACUAUUUAAAGGGGAAUGCAAAUGCAAUCUCGCUCCCCCUCCCACCCCUUGGUAACGGGCCAUUAAUAUUUUUACUUCAUAUGUAUCUAUCUUAUGCACAGCAUACUGCAAAGAAAAUGAAAUGUGAUCAUGAUUUGAAAACCAUAAAUCUAAAAUCAUGUGAUUGUAUAUUGUACAGCUCGUGUAAAAUAUUUUCUUCAUUAAAAUUAAGAAACACUGAAAUGUAUUGUAAUAUAUACAUGUAACUAUAUUCAGCCGCAUUGAAAAUAUGGAAGAUUUUUUUUUUCCGAUGAACUUGAUGCAAUAUGAAUAGUCUCUCUUUAGAUCAACCGAAUAAAAUGUUGAAUCCUCA